CCACCUCAUGGACAGUUGUACACAUGUAUUAGUUUGAAAUGUUAAGGGAUACAGAAGUGAUAUCUAAAGUGAAUAAAGCAAUAAGUAAUAUUACAGAAUUUUACACACAUGUAAAAUAUAUAAAUAUUGGCUGUAAAUGUUACACAGUUCUGGUCUUGUUCAGCACCACAUAGUUCCAUAAUGUAGGAUCUGCAUUUUAACCCAAAGAGGGAAUGAUGAAGACACCAUCCUCCCUUAUACAGCCAGAGUACUUUUAACAUACCAAAAAUCUAUUCUAUUAAAAAAAAUUAUAAAUCUUUACUUUUACCUAUUUUUUAUGUGUAUCUGAUUUUUAUGUUGGCCUAAAUAAAUUCAUAAGAGUGUGAAUCGACUCAUUUGUCAGGUGAAUCUAAUUUCUGUAAGUAUCAGUAGAUAAUUAAAUCACUUUUAUAACAUCAGGCAGAAAAUGCAAAGAUGAAAAAAAAGAUGACAUAGCUGCAGGGAAAGAUAAUGGCUUCCAGAUCUUUCUCAGAGGAGGAUUUCUCCUGUCCUGUUUGCUAUGACAUUUUCAAGGAUCCUGUUCUUCUGCUCUGUAGCCACAGUGUGUGUAAAGAGUGUCUGAAUAAGUUCUGGGAGAUCAAAAGAUCCAGAGCAUGUCCAGUUUGUAGGAGAAGAUCUUCAAUGGAAUAUCCUCCACCAAACCUUGUUUUAAAGAACCUGUGUGAGACCUUCUUACAGGAGAGAAUUCAGAGAUCUUCAGCAGGAUCUGAAACACUCUGCAGUCUGCACAGUGAAAAACUCAGACUCUACUGUCUGGAGGAUCAGCAGCUUGUGUGUUUGGUGUGUCGAGAUUCGAAAAUACACACCAACCACAAAUUUCUCCCCCUUCAGGAAGCAGCACUGGACUGUAAGGAGGAACUCAGAACUACUCUGAAGUCCCUAAAGGAGAAACUGGAGAUCUUUAAAGAGUGUAAACUGAACUGGGAUCAGACUGCAGAACACAUAAAGGCUCAGGCCAGACACACAGAGAAGCAAAUUAAAAAGGACUUUGAGAAGCUUCACCAGUUCCUACGAGAUGAAGAGGCUGUCCGCAUAGCUGCACUGAGAAAGGAAGAGGAGCAGAAGAGUCAGAUGAUGAAGGAAAUGAUUGAAAAGAUGAGCAAAGAGAUAUCAACACUUUCAGACACAAUCAGAGGCAUAGAGGAGGAGAUGGGAGCUGAAGAUGUUUUAAUCCUGCAAAAGGACAAGUCCACAGUGAAAAGAACUCAGUGUACACUGCAGGAUCCAGAGAGGCCUUCAGGAGCUCUGCUCAAUGUGGGGAAACAUCUGGCCAACCUGAAGUUCACAGUCUGGAAGAAGAUGCAGGAGGUUGUUCAGUUUACUCCUGUUACUCUGGACCCCAACACUGCUCAUCCUGAACUCAUCCUCUCUGAUGACCUGACCAGUAUGAGAUUCACUUCUGAGAAACAGCAGCUUCCUGAUAAUCCAGAGAGAUUUGAUACUUUCUGUGUUGUGGGUUCUGAGGGCUUUAACUCAGGGACACGCUGCUGGGAUGUUGAAGUUGGUGACAAUAUGGACUGGUUACUGGGAGUGAUGGCAGAAUCUGCUGAGAGGAAGGGGGAUAUAACAUCCAGGAGUGGAGUGUGGUUUGUGUGGUACAACAGUGGGACAUAUAAAGCCCGUUCUGCACCACAGGCAGCCGCUCUGUUCUCAGUAUCACAGAAAGUGCAGAGGGUCAGAGUUCAGCUGGACUGGGUCGGAGGAAAACUCUCAUUUUCUGAUUCUCUCACCAACACACACUUACACACCAUCACACACACAUUCACUGAGAGAGUGUUUGCAUUGUUUUGUACUUAUACCAACUGUCCUCUUUCUAUCAGUCCAGUUAAGUUGAGUAUAUCAGUGGAUCAGUGAUUUUGUUGAGUAAGAGUUGAUUCUAUGUGUGUGUGUGUGAAUUAACACAAAAAAUAUGUAUUUG